GUGGCUGCUGCAGCUGGCUGGCCGUGGUAGGGCCGAGCCAUGCCCGCGGCGCGCGUGGAGUACAUCGCGCCCUGGUGGGUCGUGUGGCUGCACAGCGUACCCCACCUCGGCCUGCGCCUGCAGCCUGUGAACAGCACCUUCAACCCCCGCGACGAGAGUUACCAGGAGUCGCUGCUGUUCCUGGGGCUGGUGGCCUCCGUGGGACUGGCCUUGAACCUCAUCUUCCUGGCGGUUUACCUGGUCUGCUUGUGCUGCUGCCGGCGGGAGGAUGGGGUGCAGACCAAACAGCGCAACUCCUGCUGCGUCACUUGGACAGCCGUGGUGGCCGGGCUCAUCUGCUGCGCUGCUGUGGGCGUUGGUUUCUAUGGAAACAGCGAGACCAACGAUGGGGUGUACCAGCUGAUCUAUUCCUUGGACAACGCCAAUCACACCUUCUCUGGGAUUGAUGCUCUGGUUUCCGGAACCACCCAGAAGAUGCAGGUGGACCUGGAGCAGCACCUGGCCCGGCUCAGCGAGAUCUUCAUGGCCCGUGGUGACUACAUCCAGACCCUGAAGCUGAUGCAGCAGAUGGCCGGCAGCAUCGUGGCCCAGCUCUCAGGGCUGCCCGCGUGGAGGGACGUCACCGCCGAGCUGACCGAGGUGGCCGACCAGACCGGCUACGUGGAGUACUACAGGUGGCUCUCCUACCUCCUGCUCUUCAUCAUGGACGUGGUCAUCUGCCUGAUCGCCUGCCUGGGGCUGGCCAAACGCUCCAAGUGUCUGCUGGCCUCGAUGCUGUGCUGUGGGGUGCUGACCCUGCUCCUCAGCUGGGCUUCCCUGGCUGCAGACACCGCUGCCACAGUGGGCACCAGCGACUUUUGCGUGGCUCCCGACACCUUCAUCCUGAACGUCACGCAGGGCCGGAUCAGCACAGAGGUGACCCGAUACUACCUGUACUGCAGCCAGAGUGUGAGCAGCCCCUUCCAACAGGCGCUGACCAUCUUCCAGCGCUCGCUGACCACCAUGCAGAUCCAGGCCGCCGGGCUGUUGCAGUUUGCAGUGCCCCUCUUCCCCACGGCAGAGAAAGAUCUGCUGGGGAUCCAGCUCCUGCUGAACUCGUCUGAGGCCAGCCUUCACCAGCUGACAGCCCUGCUGGACUGCCGAGGACUGCACAAGGACUACCUGGAUGCCCUCACUGGCAUCUGCUAUGAUGGCAUCGAGGGCUUGCUCUACCUCGGCCUCUUCUCCCUCCUGGCCGCGCUGGCCUUCUCCACCAUGAUCUGCGUGGGGCCACGGGCCUGGAAGCACUUUACCACCAGGGACAGGGACUACAACGACAUCGACGACGACGACCCCUUUAACCCCCAGGCCCGGCGCAUCGCCGCACACAACCCCCCACGGGGGCCACUUCACAGCUUCUGCAGCUACAGCAGCGGCCUGGGCAGCCAGACCAGCCUGCAGCCCCCGGCCCAGACCAUCUCCAAUGCCCCCGUCUCCGAGUACAUGAACCAAGCUGCACUCUUUGGUGGGAACCCGCGCUACGAGAACGUGCCACUCAUUGGAAGAGGCUCCCCCCCUCCCACGUACUCCCCCAGCAUGAGGGCCACCUACCUGUCCGUGGCGGAUGAGCACCUGGGGCACUACCCAGCCUAAUGACACCUGCCCAGGGUUCUAGCCUCCUCGCAGCUGCGUUUCUUUCAUAGAAACCAAAGGCAGGACUAUGGAUGUUGGCACUGAGACUGGUGAAGAUGCAAGCCUGGGGUUGCCUCAGAGGUUCCUGACUAAGGCCCAAGCUGGAGGAAGACCCAUGACUUGGGCAGCCUCUCCCUCUUCUGUCUGCUGCCACCAAGCACUUGGCGGCCUUGGAGGUGCUGCCCCCAAGCUGCCACUCCUCAUCCCCUCUCCACAGCCUGGCUGGACCCGGCCUGACCUCCACCCUCACCAGAUGGGGCAGGCAGCAAGGACAGGGCCAGGCAGGUGCCGCCACCCUUGGAGCCAAUCCCUCUGGGGGCCCCACUGCCAGGACCUGGCCCCCUGUUAGCUUAGCCAGGCUCAGAAGCCCGGGUGACCUUUCUCCGAGUUGCCGUUGUCCUUCACGGCUGCCCUAUUGGGGCAGCAUUUCCCUACAGCCUCCAUGAUCUCACCUCCAUCCCAGAAAUGAUGCUCUGAGGUAGUCAGCUGUGGCCAGGGGCGGUCUCAGGUAUUAACAGACACUUUGAAAGCGACCUUAACUCUUUUUUUUUUCCCUCCCAGUUUUUAAAUAUUUUGAUUAUCCAAAGAACCAAUGCCUAUAGCACGUCCAGUUUUUACUGUAGACUCGGCGCUCAUUCCUCAGCUUGGUUUUUCUGCCACUACUUGGCAGAUUUUUCUGGCACUGACCAGUUCUUGAUGGACCUGGAGGUGGGGCUGGACUUUUAAACAGAAUAAAGAUCAGGGAGAUGUUCUGCCCCAAGCUGCUGUUAGGUGGGGAUCUGGGUUGACCCCACUCCAGAGGGAGGCUCUUUAAGAAGGGGGAGAAGCUGAACUGAACAGAGCCCCCUGUUCUUGGUGGGGUUGGGGUAGCUGAAUGGCCAAGCCACCUGUCCCCUCCCUUUUGUCUUCAAGCAAGUUUGACUUGGCUUUAGCAGAAGCAGGGUUUAGCAAAAGCAGGACAACUGAGUCUCGAAGUGGAGACAGGCUACUUCCCUACCUCCCGACUACCGUGUCCCAGGCUCCUGACUGUACCUGCUAGAUGGAAAUGAUCUUGUUGGUCGGGAGGGAAUAAUGACCCACCUUCCUGCCCUGCGGAGGAUCCAGGGUGAGGGUCUUUGGUGCUCCAACCUUUGCCAAUUCGGUGCACAACAGGGAACCCCCUCCCCUACCUCAUACACCAAAGUAGGGACACGGGGUGCCAUGGCUUGGGGCGGGGCUCCAUUCCUGCUUGGGAAGAGCCACUUUGUCAUCAAAACACUGACAGCAGAGUGGUUCCCAGCCAAGCCUCUGUGACAGAACUGGGCCUGUGUCUCACCCACACUAACCUGUACAUACCGUGUACCAUAAGCCUACCCUUUGUAUGUCCAUGUUGCGUGCGGGUGGGGGUGCCUGCACCAUCAAGGUGUUCUUAAUGUGUCAUUGUUGGCAACUAGAAGAGGUGUUUUGAAUGCAUGUAAACUGAGCUCAAAUUCCUUGGGUGGCUCCUGACGGAGCCAGGUGGGCAGAGCUCUGCUUCAUACCUGUGUAGCCUCACCUGGAAGAGAAAUAAACCACUUACACUAAA